AUGGGUAGCGGAUUCAUUCAUAACUAUCUUAACCGGCAAUUAAUGGUCAGUUUCUAUCUGUUGCUGAUGUCUAUCUCCACAGCUCUCACACCACUUCUCAAGUCUUUCAAAACAUUUAUGGUUUUAUCGGUUUUCUUCGGUUUAGGCGAAGGAGGUUUCGAUACGGCAUGUCAUGCGUGGAUACUUGAGAUGUGGGAGAACGACAACGGGCCGUAUAUGCAGGCCUUGCACUUCACUUUCGGUUUGGGCACACUAUUGGCCCCUUUGAUUAGUUUUCAAUUCUUGGGUGAGAAUCGCAAUUUGGGGCUCAAUUCCGGGUCCCGUUUUGGUACCACUGGUUUGCCAUCAAAUAUAUUUAAUAACAGCGAUAUUAAUACUUCACCAGGGACAAAUAACUCGCUAAUCUAUAUACCUUAUUGUAUUACCGGCGCUCUAUUGUCCAUAUCAUCCAUAAUCAUAAUUAUCAUGUAUUACAUCAAAAAA